UGCCAAGGCAGCGAACCACACAACGAAGUUGACAUGAGUGCUUUUUGUGGCUGAAUUUCGCCGAGUUUGAAUCACUUUUUACGCGGUAUUUUUUAUAUACAUAUUUAAAAUGGCCGCUCUGCUGUCCUCGUUUUACAAUCUGAAACCUGUCCUGAAGGAGGACAAACAGACAAAGGUAACUCCAUCUGUUUACACCCAGGAGAUGUCACAGUCCACCGAGGAACGUCUGGCAAACACCAGGGAGGUUCACCCGCCCCGGAUCCUGGAGCUGCUCGACAUGAGCAAGACGACACAUCACAAAUUGACCACGGUGGACAUGGACCAGGCUCUUUUCCAGCCUUAUCCAUCUGAGCUGGUCUUCCAGAACUUCACUCCCGCUCAGACCUACAAGUUACACCUGCGCCUGCUCAACAUGGACAAGGUUCCACGACAAGUGAAGGUGGAGCUGCAAGACUCCGAGUUUUUCCACGUGGUCGCUCCUGAGAAUGCAUUAAACAAGGUUGCACCAAGAUGUUCUGUGACUUUCACUGUGUUCUUCACUCCUCAGGAAAACAAGGACCACGACCAUAGACUGGUUUUUGUGACAGACAGGGAGCGGUUUGAGGUCCCAGUUCGUGCUAUUGGGCCACGUGCCAUUCUGAGCUUUCGAGAUGAGCUCCAGUUCCCCCUCUGUCCGGUGAAAGCCUCCACAGAGAGAACUCAGCAAAUCAUCAACAUUGGAAACGGCACGGCCAACUUUGAGCUGCACACACAGAGGCCCUUCUCGGUGACUCCUUCCUGUGGGACUCUGGAAGUUGGUGAAAACAUGCAGGUGGUUGUCAAUUUCAACCCCAUAACGGCGGGAGAACACAGACAGGACCUGCGUCUACACUACCACACUGGUGAAGAUGUUUACGUCAGCUUGUGUGGGUUGUGUGAGGAACUGGCCCUCCAUCUUGAACCGGACUCCCUCACGAUGAACAGGACGUACGUGUCUCUGGCCAGUGCGCACAAAGUGUCUCUCACCAACAGGAGUGACAGUGUCCUUCAGUACCAGUGGACAUUAUGGUCCAGCCAAGAGGAGGAGGACCUGAUUUUACUGAGAGAGAGCUCAGUCUUCCAGAAAAUGGCAGAGGAGGAGAGAGAACAGUUGCUUUCUCAGUAUCAGUCUGACCCCACAGCAAUCCACCGCUUCCCACUUCUGGCCAGAGCUUUGCAAGACGGUAGAAGUCAGUCUGCGCAGGACCUCCUGACCCUGUCACACAGCUGUGUGACACUGGAGCCAGCGAAAGGAGAAAUAUGGCCCGGAAUGACCCAAACCUUCACUAUUAUCUUCAAGCCUAAGGAGGCCGAGCUUUACCAGCAAACCGUCUAUUGUGAUGUCACAGGCCGUCAGUCUCGGUUACCUCUCACACUCCGGGGCGAGGGCAUGGGACCUAAACUGCAGCUCGACUAUAAUCUGAUGAAUAUGAAAAAUGUAUUUGUUGGCGACACAAACUGUUAUGAGGUACUUGUGUCCAACAAAGGCCUGAUUGAUGCCCAUUACACGCUGUCAUGCCCCGACACCACUUUUGGCCGCUGUUUCUCCUUCAGUCCAGCGGAUGGUGUCAUUCCCACUGAAGCCAGUCAGACUGUGAGAGUCACCUUCCUGAGCAGCAUCCUGGGAAAGUUCUCUGAGGACUUACUAUUAUCUGUGAAAGGACAACCAGAACCACUCACCCUGACCUUCAGGGGUUGUGUUGUUGGUCCCACGUUCCACUUCAAUGUUUUAGAGCUCAACUUUGGAGAUGUAGCCUUUGGUUUCCCACAAACACUGACGUUUACAUUGUUCAACACCUCCUUUGUGCCUAUGAGCUUUUCCCUACGUGUCCUGGGAGACGGGUUGGGAUCUCCUAGUGUUACCGGUGCCAAUCAGGCGUCUGAGGCUUCCAGGAACAAUUGGCAAGGCAGCGCUGCCCGGGACCCUCAUGCUCGGCCUGUGGAGUUCUCCAUCAACCCUGCUGUGGACUCUGUGUGUGCCAUGUCAGAUGUCACUAUUAAGGUGACCCUGUGCUCCAACACAGUGAAGACUUACAGGCUGGCGAUGGUGGUGGAUGUGGAAGGUGUCGGGGAGGAGAUCAGGACUCUGCCUAUCAACGCCAGAUGUGUUGUUCCUGAGAUCGCGGUGGAGACUCCAGUGUUGGAGUUCGAAAGGUGUUUCCUCAAUUACCCCUGUGAGCAGCAAGUGCAGCUGACCAACCCCAGCAGUCUGCCUGCCUGCUAUGGCCUGCUUGACCAGGAGUAUGAGGAGUCUCCCUUGUUGCUUUUUGACUCUUCCUCACCCAGAGGAGUGAUUCCUCCUCACGCUUCAGAGCAGCUUCCCGUGACACUGCUGGCCAAGGCCACGGGAAGACUGCGUCACACGCUUCGUAUUGCUGUGUUCGGCAGCACCAAGCCUCCUCUGGAAGUGGACCUGUCAUGUACUGGUCAGGGUCCUCUGGUCCACGUUCAGAGCCCACAGCUGGACUUUGGCAGAAUCCCAGUGCUGACGGACAUUACCAGGACGCUGCACCUGUCAAACCACUCGCCUAUUCCCGCCAGCUUCACAACGCGCAUGAGCCAUAGGAAGUCCUUUUGGCGUGUCGAGCCCAGCGAGGGGGAAGUUCCACCAGAGAGCCGGCUGGAGCUUUGUGUCGUAGCCCACCUGAAGGACACGAUCGACUUCCAGGAGAAGUUGAAAGUGUCCAUCCAGGACAGUCAGACACACAUGGUUCAUCUGUCUGCAACAGGCACUGGCACCACAAUUGUCAGUGACAGGCCUUUGGCCCCAAGCCUUGACUUAGGAACACACUUCAGCCAUGAGUUAUGCCAGUACCACUUCAAACUGACCAACCUCGGCCAACGGACACAUUGGAUGUACUGGGGUACGGAUGGCUCCCUACACAACGCUAAAACCCACAAUGGGGACAGCUUGUACUUUCUGCCGCCCAUCUCGCCUCCCAAGAAGAAAGAUGUUCAUAUCCGUGGAUCUUUGGUGGCCGUCGGAGAAGAGCCGGUGUUCGGCCUCACCCCGUCUCGAGUGAAGCUUUUACCGGGCUGCUCUGUCGACAUGGUGCUGACUGGAUUUUCAGACACUGCCAAGGUGGUACAGGAGCGUCUGGUGUGCCGUGGCACUGUGGGUGAUCACGCCUGUAAGGAGCAGAUCAUGUCCGUCGAUGUUUCCUGUCGCUUUAUCGCUCCUUUGCUCAGCGUUUCUUCUAAGCGGCUGAACUUCUGCAUAGAGAAGGUCCCAGGAGAGAACCUAGAGCCCAUAUAUGAGAAACUGGUCUUGACGAAUGUAUCAUCUCUGUGUUUGUCCAUGAAGCUCUCUGUUGAAGAGCCGUUCUCUCUGUGUGACGCUCCCGGAACACAGAGCUCAGUUACCACUAAGUCUGUGGUUUUAGGUGAUGGGAAACAGGCCGACUUGUGGAUAUGCUUUAAUCCAGAUUACUAUCAAGAUCAGGUGUCACGAGUGGUGGAUAAGUUCCUUGAGAUGAUCUACCAGGGACACCCACAGCAAGACAUGGUGGAGCUGCACGCUGAGGUCCAUUUCCCCAACCUCCACUUUUCCUCCAGCACCGUGGAUUUUGGCUGCGUGCUGAAUUACACACAGACUCACAGCACAAUCACAAUGACAAACUGCUCGCAGCUGCCCGUGUCCUACAGCUGGACUUUCCUCGAGGACCCGACACACUGUAUCAACAGUGAAACAGAUAUGGACAAGAAGAAGAAGCGGAAAACCCCACAUAAUGAGAAGGAAGGCAGGGUGCCUUCAUCUCGGACGCCUUCUCCGGGGUCUCCCGCUCACGUCACACCGAGAGAGAAGAAGAAACAACCCCCGGCACACGUGGAGGAGGUGUUUGACGUGCUGCCGAUGAGCGGUCUCCUGCAGCCCGGGGAGAAGCAGAACGUCACGCUCUCUUUCUUCGGCCACGAAAACAUCAGCAGGGAGGCGGUGGCUCAGUGUCACGUACAGGAGGGGCCGACGUAUGAAGUCAAACUCAGAGGAGAAGCAUCGGUGAACAGCUACAGCCUCGACUCCUCCCACAUUAACUUUGGCCGGCAGCUUUUCGAUCAUUUGGGGGAAGCUGAGGUGACGCUAAGAAACACUGGCAGGGUGGGCUUCAGUUUUGAAAUCAUUCACCUGGAUGAUGACGAGGAGGAGGUGGUGGUGGUGGAGCCACGGCAACAGAGGAAGGCCACAGAGGAGGAUGAACAGCCGCACACCGAGAAAGAGGAGGUGCCUGAGAUCAGACUUGGUGAACCCUUGGUCAUCCCCAGAUCGGGUUACAUCGCUGCCGGUGCAGAGCAACGCCUGCAUCUCCUCUUCAUCCCCGGCACACCGGAGGUUUUUGAGAAGCGGCUUUCUGUGCAGGUGGCUUUCCUGCCUGCGCAGGACAUCACUGUGACUGGAGAGGGAUUCUUCCCCCGGAUCAUCCUGAACCUGCCCCGGAACCUGCAGGAGAAUUUCACUGAGGUGGUGGAACAGGCCAGAGCGACACUGAAGGCGAAAGGAAUCAAGGACCCAGCAGAUGGUAGAAAAGUGACAACAGAGGACAGCACCUUCACAUACGAGGAGCUGCUUCACAUGGAGAUUGAUAGAGCGCUGGUCAGAGAUAAUGCUCUUGCUAUGACCGGCAGUUUGGUAAAGCUCAGAGAUGAAGAGGGUUCCUACAAGAAGUGGUACAGACUUGGCAAGUUCGUGCUCCCAGAGUACAUGCUGGAUUUUGGAUAUGUCAUUCUUGGCAGGGUGCACAGUCACACUGUCACUGUCACCAACGCUGGGUUAAUUCCUGUGUCCUUCCAUGCCAAUUUAAAACCUCUCACAGACACAGGUUUCAGUGCUGAAUUUGAACGAGCGAAGAACCUGCCUUGUGGCGAAGCCGUGACUUUCACAGUGGAAUUUGAUCCUCAAAGAGCCAACCUGCCCACGGGGAAAACAUGUGUUGUCAUGCCAAUACUGGUUACGGGUGGCCCAACGGUUCAUCUGCGGCUGUGUGCAGUUGUGACCAUGCCGGCCGUCACCAUUUCCACGGAUACACUGCAGUUUGACCCUAUACAGUGUGGCAUGUGUCAGAUAAGGACGAUACAGCUGCUGAAUCACGAGCCCGUGCACUGUCUCUGGAGCAUCGCCGAGGACGUGAAGCCUUUACAAAAGGUAAAUAAAUUCCUGCCUUCGUACCUGCGGAAGAAGAUCCUGCAGGGACAGGAACCACUUCCAGCCGUGUUUGUGAUGAAUCCCUCCUCCGGCACUUUGGCACCUGGUGAACGAGUUAAUGUCCAGAUAAGGUUCAGCCCGACUGAAGAGCUUUCUUACAACAGGCAGCUGGUGGUCCAUGUGGAAGAGAGCAGCAAGAAGUUGUCCAUCACUGCGCAAGGUCAAGGUGAGGACCCACAACUUGAGUUCUACCCGUCGGUGCUGGAGCUGAGACCUUGCCUGCCUGCCAGCCAUGACGCUGAAGCUGAGGUCAUCGUCAAAAACCGCUACUCUUUUCCCAUCGAGUUCUACUCCCUGGACUUUGACAUGCAGUAUCUCCAGGAGGAAAAGAUCAUGCGUGUGAUACCUGGUUAUGAUGACAACAACCUACUGCUGCUGCCCCCCAGGGUCCCAGGAGAAGGUCUCCCCAAAGAAGUCAUUGACUACUACAAGAAGUAUUGCUCCCAGCUGAAAGACAGCGAGAUCUCUGCAGAGAUAAGCAGGAGGGGACCAGGUCUGUCUUCAGCCAUUGGCAAAGGAAUUGCUGUCAUUGUCUAUGGUGCUCCACUGACAGAUGGGUCAUACACAGCGAUUGCUGUGGCUCAAUACUACGGAGGGGCGUGUCUGAGUGUUGAUGGUGUGGUCACAGAUGUGCUGAAACAUGGCACUUCUCCUAUCGCUCGCAAGGCAAGGCAGCUCUACGACUCUGCUGCUAGUGUUUAUGGGAAGAACGCGGGUCUUGCAAAACAUGCAUCUUCAGUAAACGCUGAAGCCCGACAUUCAGCUCGCAGAUCAAGCUCUCUGCGGGUCUCUUCAGCUGCACGUGAGGCCGAAAAGCCGUACAUGGACCUUUGCCUGGGAGGAACUGUGACCACACUAUGCCGACUGUUACCUGACCAGCUACUGGUUGAUAUCCUGGCGGAAAGAUUUCAGGAAAACGACUGUCACCGUGGCGUCGUGAUCGAAGGUCUGAAGUCUGUGUUCACCGAGUCGGUGGCGAGCACACUGCAACUUGUCCUCAAGGCCCUCAAGAACCGCAAAUACAUCUACGCGGUCAACUUGUAUGACUCCUACACUGCCAACUUGAUCGAGGAGAAACGGAAGGAAAUAAAGGAGAAAGAAGAAGCCGGCUGUAAUGGAGAGAUGCCGACCGUGAUGGAGAAAACCCACACUUCAAAAAAAGGGGAACCGGUGAACUCUCACGUCCCUGCUGCUGCCGUGAUAGAGGAAACGCCGAAGGAAAGAGAAGAGGAAGAAGACAGCUGUGCAUCGUCAACGCCAACUUCAGAGGACAACCAAACUGAAAGGAAGCGAGAAGGGGUCAGUUUGUCCGACAGCAACGUCCCCGACAUGGAAGAGGAGAAGGGAAAAGAGCAGAAGGACGGCACAGCUGCAAAACACCAAAGAAGAAGAAAGGAAGACAUGGUCAGCUUGUCUGACUCCUAUGCUUGUACCAUGGUACAGGACAAACCACAGAAACCUCAAGGGUCUCAUGCACGAGCGGAUGACGAGUCACAAAAGAGAACAGACAUUACGAAUAUGUUAUUACGAAUGCCCGCUGUCAUGAAAUACCAACAAGACCACCCACCGCCAGCACCACCGGCAGACUCUUCUCAUCACCCAGACGCACAGGAGAAAGAAGAGGCUCUCGUGAAUGAGCUGCUGUCCCUGUUCAGUGCAUAUAAGCUGAGUAAGAUGCAGGUGGAGCACAUUCUGCAACACUGGGACCGGACCCAUGCACUGCUCCUGCUUCCUGUCCCCCAAGAAGAAACUCCGCCUGUGCCAGAGGAGGUGGUAGUUGACAAACGGAACUUUGUUGACAAGAAAGGCAAGAAAGCCAAUCCCAAGGCAGCGUCUCCGAUGCCAAGUCAGAUGACAGCACGAUCCGAAGCAAUUAAUGGCAGAGCCAAGUUGCCAAAGAACUUCAUCCCGCUCAUUGUGCUGAAUUUAUUAGAGACAGAUGGUCCACAAUGUGCCGAAAAUCUGCUCAAAGGCACUGCCCUGCCUUCACUGGAUGAGGUUCUGGACGAUUUAGGGCUGGGAGCCACCAUCGCUCCCACCGUCACCCUGUCAAUAUUCCCUUUUCCCAAAGACAGACAGGAAUCAAACAAUCAACCCAUCUGUGACUGUUUCACCCUCCUGGAUCCUUCAGGGCUGGACAAACACAGUGAAGAGAUGAAAGACUUGUUGGAGGACGUAUUGUCUUUAAAGGACAAGGAUAAACGGGGUCGAGAGUGUCAGAGGGCCAAACGUCAAGCAUCAGCCAAGGCUAAACCAAAGGGCUCGACCCGGUGUAUGCUCCCCGUCUCCACCAAGAUGGACAGCAAUGAACAAGAACAACACCUGGGAAUCUUAGAGCUGAAACGUCAACAGAGCCUGAAGUCAUUCCGCUGGGUUAUACCUGCAAAGAGUGAGGUGGUCCUGAAGAUCUGGUUCUACUCAGACUCGCUGGGGACCUUCGAACAGGCCUUCAACUUUGAGUUGGUGGGGAACCUGAGACACUACGAGCUGCUCUGCCGAGGAGUCUGCACUUACCCCGCCAUCUGCCAAAACUACAUAACUCUUUUUGCUCACAGUAAAAAGGUGCCACAAGUUGAGGAGGGGCUGCACAAGACCUACAUCAUCAAUCCUGGAUACUUUGAGUUUGGGCCAUUAAUUUGUGGCAAAACCAGAGAGAGAUACAAGGAAAAUGAGUUUCCAGAGAACACAGAGAGGUUUGUGAUUCAGAACAAUUCAGGCAUGGAGGCGGAGGUUCAGUUCCAUUUCCAUCACGACCACCAGGCCGCCACAUAUCUGCUGGAUCCCACAACCAUGACCCUAAAACCGUACCAGAAGAGGGAUUUGAAAGUAUGGGCCUACCCAACCAAAGUGGGACACUUUAAGGACAGUGUUGUGUGCUGCAUCAAGGACAAUCCAGACGUGGUGGUCAUCAACCUCUCGUGCUGGGGCGCGUGGCCAGAGCUGGAGCUGGAAAACAAACAUAUGCACUUUGACAGGAUUCUACUGCACAGGCGAGAGAGCCGCAGCGUGACGCUACAUAAUAAGACCGCUCUGCCUGUGUCAUGGAAACUGCACGGUUUAGAGGACUUGGGUGAUGAGUUCAGUGUCCCAGAGGAUCACGGCACCAUCUUACCUCACACAUCUUACCCGCUGACUGUGCACUUUGGUGCCAAGAGGCCGCUCCACAUCAAGAAGCUCCUACGACUAGAGGUGUGUGACGAGGCCAACAUUCUCGGCAUCGUAAACACCGAAAACAUAAAGGUGUCAGCUGAAGCCUACGAUAUAAAUCUGGCCAUCUCACCAGAUGGAUGUCUGGAUUUUGGAACCAUCAAGGUCUUUAAUGAGUCCAAAAUGACUCUCAAGAUGAAAAACCAAGGAAAAUAUGAAAUUUCCUACACGUUUUCAGUGAAACGAACAAACUCAACCCAGCCAAAGUUGGACUCCAUGUUCACCGUUUCCCCCCAGUACGGUUCUCUAAAGCCCCACGAGAAGGCCACGAUAGUGUCAAUUAUCUUCAACCCCUCAGCAGAAGUAUCACUCAAAGAGCAAGCUGUGCUGCCUUGCCAGGUGAUUGAACCGCACAUUGGGAGCGUCGGUGAAAUCAUAGCCAUGUUAUCCUUCAAAAUUUCAGCUCAAGCCGUCUUCUCCAGGUACAAGAUCUCACCUGCCCAUGAACUCAACUUCGGUCCACUGGUCUAUCAUGGCAGCAAAAGAAGCCAGAGCUUCAAUAUUGUCAACAACGGACUCUUUGAGUACAGUUUCGCCAUCACCAACCAAUCUCCACCGGCUCUGAUCCCAGACUCAUCUAUAAUAUUGAGGGGUCCAGUUAAGAAGAUACAGAUGAAUGCGGCCAAUUCCAGAGCGAGGCGUGAGUCCUUACAGAAGGACACUAGUAUUGUACAGAGCCGCCUUGCCAUGGGCAUCUUCUCGGUGACUCCCUGCACUGGAAACCUAAAGUCCGGGUGUCAGCAGACGGUGAUAGUGGACUGUGCCGCUGAUCAGCUGGGCAGCUGGAGCCAGGGUUUGCUCAUCAACAUCACUGGCCGUGAUCCAGCAGACCAUCCAAACGGUAUACCGUACAAGCUGCUGGCUGAAGUCUGCAAGCCGAGCAUAUUGUUAGACGUGGCCUCCGUGUUUGAGGAGCACCAUCUGUGCCACACCAGCCAACAGCUCUCCUCUGAGGAGUUCAGCGACGCCGAAUGCAUUUACGUCCUGGACGAGAACAAGUUGAUAUUCAACAAAGUCCUGGUCGGACAGACUGGCCAAGCUCGCAUCAAACUCACCAACAACAGCAAAGUGCCCUGUGUGCUCUUCAUGUGCCUCAAAUUGGGCAGCUGCAAGGCGUCGCGUAACGUGGACGUUUUUGAUUUAUCUACGACGACGCUGACCCUUCCUAGCAAGUCUCACACGUUUGUUGUGGUCACCUUCACACCGCGGUCUACACAGCUGUACAGUUCUCUGUUUGAGGUGGCAAUGGAGGGAGCCAGCAGAGCGACACCUUUGGUUAAGAACAAGGUGCUGGAGUUUGACCUAAUGGGGGAGGGCAACCUGCCCAGUGUGUGCGUGGUGCAUCCGUCGCUGAUGAACAGCAGAGGAAGUCUACUGUUGCCGUUCAGACGCGUGUUACUCGGACAGAGGCGUACCCUGCCUCUGGUGCUGCUGAACGAUGGGAAAUAUCCAGCCCAGGUCCAGAUUGACUUGCAGGAUAAACACGGUGUUUUCACCCUCGAAUCGACUUCUGACUGCAGCUCCAUCUACACUGACCUGGAAGGCGACGAUGACUCAGACAAUCAGGCGGUGCGCAGAGCCACCCUGACGCUGAACGUGAAUGAACAGGUGGAGUUUGAGGUCAGUUUUUGCUCCAACGAACCCCUGAGUGUCAAGGCCAAGAUGACGCUGCAGGUGGAGGACAACAAGCAAAGCAGGACCAUAAUAAAAGUGACUGGGGAAUCGCACCCAGAGAUGAUCUCUCUGGACAACAUCGGCAGGUGUUUGCAGGAGAUGGAUCAGGAAGAUUAUGAGAAAGGCAGCUAUGAGGUGCUGAACUUUGGCGACUGCCAUGUGGAUUGUCGUUAUGAGGAGAGAUUCACCAUGACCAACCACAGCAGCAACCAGGCAAUGAGGUUCGAGUGGCCUUCCCCUGGACACCAUAUCAUCUUUUCCCCACAGGUGGGACACCUUCACGCCGGUUGCUCUAAGGAGGUGACCGUCACCUUUAGCUCCGUCCAGCCGGUGACGCUGAACAGCCGGGCAAUGAUAUGUAAGCUCCACCAGUUAGUGUUCCAGCAGCCAAUAGACCAGGUGCCCGACUGGGACGACCAGAAGAAGACCGUGCAGUGGCUGAGUGACUCCGAGCCCACUUCAGGAACACAGUCACAGCAGACCGAGAGGAGGAAGGUAACAAAGACCGAGCCGGAGCCUGGCUGCUCAACGCUUCACGGAUCAGAGCGGGAGCUGGAGCUCCGAAUCAAAGCAGCUUGUGACUACGCCAAGUUCACCUGCAGCAAGGACAGCAUCAACUUCAGAGACACGCUGCUUUACCAAACCAGAUUCGGGAACCUGCAGAUUACUAAUCCCGGUAAUGUCAAAGUGGAAUUCCUCUGGAGAAUCCGCAUGGAAGCAAAUACCAGCAAUGUCAGCAGUGACCAGGAAGACGAGACGCCAAUUCCUGGACAGGAAAGCAGCACAUCAGAAGCGGCCAAGACCGAGGCCGAUUCUGCCAGCGCCGUGUCCAGCCUGCUGCCGUCUGCUCUGCUGGAGAAACCUGAGCUGCCGCCGUUCAGUGUCGAGCCCGAGAUUGGAGCCAUACAGCCUGGUUCCACGCAGAAGUUCAGAGUUCACUUCUCACCUCUGGAGGUGGCCCACUUUCAUGGCAAGCUGCUCUGCAGUAUUCCAAACCUGCGGAAGGGGGAUAAGCCUCCCGUUAUUACCGUGCGGGGCAGCAGUCUACUUCCCCACUUCCACUUUGACCUGGAGGACUCGGACUACAUCAGCGGGAACCGACGCAGCCUGGAAUUCAGGGACCCUCAAGACCGCGAGACGAGGGUCAUCGAGUUCAACGCCGUUGGCCUUUCUGUGUCAACGAAAAGAUCUUUUGCUGUGUUAAACCCGACCAGUGAACCAUACCCGUAUGAGUGGGUGUGUAAAGACACGGAAACCACUUCAUUUCGCUGUCUCACCCCGCGUGGAACCAUCCUGCCCGGGAAGAAAGUGGAGAUGUGUUUUGAAUACGUGGUUGAGGAGCUGGACGUGGUCGAAUCGUACUGGAGCUUCGUCACAGAGACUCUGUCGCUGUCCACGCCCUUCCUGUGUGUGGGAAACACCAGAGAGCCUCUCGUGUAUCUCAGCAGACCACACCUCGACUUCGGGGAGCUGAUCCUUGGUCGUCAAGUGGAGCAGUCGGUUCUCCUGGUGAACGUGGAGGAGGAGCCUUUCGCCUUCUCAGUCCUGCAGUCAUCUCUUCUCUGUGAAGCCCUGAUGUCCAGCCUCGUUGUGCUGCCCAUGAGUGGCAUAGUGGCUCCUCAACAGAAGUUGCCCUUGACCGUGUUGUUCACACCGUGCCGCGAGGGCUACAUGAGCUUCAGGUUGGUGGUGAAUGUGAAGAGGAGGUCAGAGCCUCUCAGUCUCCCCGUCAAGGCCGACUGUUUCCCCGUGAACGCUUUGGUUCAACUCAAGAAGCCGGACGGGAGCCUCCGAGAGAUCGCUUCCAAUCACCAAGACACCGUGGACUUCGGCGUUGUGUCCGUGCUCGAGCAGUCCACCUUGAACUUCUUGGUGACCAACAUCGCGAGGCUCGGCGUGGAGGUGAACUUUGACCUCACGGGUCCCAGUAAGAUGCUGAGAUACUUGGAGUUGAAACCGAAAAGUGCUUCUAUUAUCGUUGGAAGUCAGCGGGAGGUGUCACUCGUCUUCUCCCCCAGAGCGAACUGCGUUCUCCACGACGUCCUCAUGAGUAUCAAUAUAAAGCACGGACCGACAUUUACCUUUGCCGUUAAAGGCAAAGCUGAGGCACCAAACCUCGAGUUCUCCUUCACCAAAUACAACUUUGGCAAGUGCUUCCUGUACCGUCCUGGCAUGGUGCCACUGUCCCAGACUCUCAUGAUCUGCAACAAAGGCGAACUGGAUGUCAGUGUCCAGUGCCAGUUUGAGAAAUCCUCCUGCCUGCGGACCAACUUCCAGCCGGACGUUUUGCCCCCCGGCGGCGUGAUGAGAAUGCCAGUCGACUUCUGUCCUCAGGAGACGCGUGGCUAUUACAAGAAGCUCACGUUCGUCUUCAACAGCUGUGUCACAAAACAAGUGGAGAUAGAAGGACAAGGCAUCGAGUUGAAGUUGGAAGUGGAGAAUCCGCUGCAGAGGAACAUUAAACUGGAAUCUGUGACGCUGGGUCAGAAGGUGAAGAGACAAGUGCGCCUGAUCAAUCGCAGCGUUUCAGACGUUUCCUUCACUCUGAUGAUCACGACAAACACACCAGUGGAUCCAAAGGAUCUGACAGUGAACCCAAGAGGUGACUUGAACCUGAAAGCCGAUGGUGGUUCUUGUAACGUUCAGGUCCAGUUCUGGCCUCGUCAUUGUGUCCCCCUCUUUGAGGCAAAGGUGGUGGCGGAGUUUUCAGGCCUGUUACACCCUCUGCUGACCGUCCACGGCUGCUGCCAGUAAACCUGUGAAAUCCACCAGUCAUAUCAUGCAAAUCAUACACAUGUUUACUUUGUCUUAGAGUUUUUCCUCAGUCGCUUCAUCACAUCAUGGAAAAGUGUAACAUGCACUACAUUUACUUCUGUCAAGCUUGUUCUGUUUUAAAUAAAUGACGCUCUUCUGCA